AUGUCUCCCCCACGUAGCUCCGAGGGAUACCUGUACGACGCUUCUGGCCCAUCUUGUCGAGGCUUGCCGACAGAGGCUGUCGUCCAAGGAUCUUUGCACACGAGAAGCUCUUACGACGUCGUUGUCAUCGGAGCGGGUUUCGCGGGCUUGGUUGCAGCGCGCGAUGUUGCAUUGGAUCGUAACCUCCGUGUGCUACUUCUCGAAGCCCGUGAUCGAAUCGGCGGUCGAACCUGGGUUGCCAAGGCAUGGGGCGAAGAUUUCGAGAUGGGCGGCACAUAUGUUCACUGGUGUCAGCCCCACGUCUUUGGUGAAUUGCACCGACACGGCCUGGAGAAAGACUUGAAGACUUCAGCGGGUACCACAGCCACGGAGUACAUCAACUACAAGCCAAAAGAGAAGAAGGACACCCAGCGGGUAUCAGAUGUUGCCAAGUACAAUGCGAUGCUCGUGGAUGUUGCGGAAAAGUUUUUCAGCAUUGACGAUAUGACGCCUCGCCAGGUGAUGCCAUAUCCACACGAACCCUCUCGCAACCAACCAUGGCAGAGAUACGACCACAUGAGUGCUCAGGAUCGUCUGGAUCAACUCGACAUACCGCAGGACGAGAAGGAUAUGUUCUCCGCCCACGUCAGCUCCUUUGGGAGUGGACCCGCGUCAGAGACCGCCUGGGUCGAUACGCUGCGCUGGUAUGCUUUGGGAGGCUACGGCUUUCCAACGAUGUACGAUGCAGCGGCUUCGUUCAAGAUUGGAAAUGGCGGAACAACCAAUCUCUGCCGUCAUAUCCUGAGCGAGUACAACGGUGACGUCGUUAUGAACAAGCAAGUGACCUCACUGACGCAGGCCGACGGAUCCGGGGCCUUGAUCAAAUGUGUUGACGGCUCCAACUUCACCGCUCGGAGAGUCAUCUGCACCAUACCCCUGAAUUGUCUCGGUGACAUCAAGUUCGAUCCACCUCUUUCUAUUGCCAAGCAGGAGGCUGUCAAGCGAGGCCAUAUGAACAUUGGCGAGAAGUAUCACUUCUCCAUGGAUGAGGUGCAAGGCAACUGGUUCGCAAACACAUCACCGCAUGGAGGAGCCGACUUCGUGUUCGGGUUGAAAGACCACGAUGGAACCCAGAGUUCGAUCAAGCAAGGCACGUACGCCAUGUGCUUUGGUAAGAACGGUAAAUUGGCGGAUCCAACCAAUUACGAACUUGUCAUCUCGGAAUACAAAAAGCUACAACCGGAAGGACGCGUGAAAGGCUAUCUUUCCCACACUUGGUCCAAAGAUCCCUAUGCCAAGGGCGCGUGGUUCUGUGCCAGUCCCAACAUGACGAAGCAUCUUGCCGUCCUCCAGCGGCCCCAUGGCAGGAUUUUGAUGGCAAACGCAGACUGGGCGAACGGGUGGAGAGGCUUCAUCGACGGUGCCAUCGAGCAGGGGCAUCGGGCUGCAGCGAUGGUGAAAGCAAGUCUUGCAAGUGAGCAGACCGCAAAGAUAGCAAUGCUGUAG